AUGGCUCCCACAUCAUUGCCCCAGCCAAGCAAGGCGGGCAAGAAGCCCACUCGAGAGCAGCAACGUAAGAAGGCCGACAAGAAGGCCUCCAAGGUUCGAAGAGUUCAGCUCGAUGCCAGUGGAAGUCAGGCUAGCGCAAAGCAAAAGACACUCAAACAGAUCAACAAGAAUGCCGAAAAGGUCUCCACUCGCUUCCGGUAUGCUUCCUUCAAUCAGCGUCUUCAGGACGUUCACCUCGCACCAGCUGCCGUUAGCGCAAGUACCAGCUAUCGACCCUACUCCGGCCUCGACGCACCACUUGCAUCUUCAUCCAGUGCCACGACAUCGCGCAUACCCGUCCAGGAGGACUUUCAAGGUGAAGAACAGCUGUUGGACGACGAGGAAGACGAGAAAGACGAGGAUGCUUCUUCUUCACUCCAUGCAAGGACGUCCUUCUCACACGCCUUGCAAGCGUGGACUGAUCUCAACCUUUCAAACGCUUUUCACCACCUUUACCGCCAGCUCAACCCUAUCACACAGUCCCUGCCACAGCUCAUCCACCAUCGUACCAACAUCUCCAGCAUCCUUGCAACGACUCUUUCGUCACCGAGUCAGUGGCUGGCAUGGGACGCCGCUCUUGACCUCCUUCCCAGACUCGCCAAAGACCUUGGAUCCGAGUUCUUGCCAAUCUAUCCACCCAUGCUGAAAAGCGCUGUGCAUACCACCACAACAACCAAGGACACCACCAACGGCGACGAGCGCGCAGCCGCCAACCUCGUCGAGCGCGGCUUCCAGUCAGCUGCAUGGAUCCUCAAAGCCGUCAGCCCGUUCAUUGUCAGCAAGGAGAUCGCCUCGAGGUCUGGAAAUGAUGCCCUCCUGGAUGAGGAACAAGAUGGAGCUGUAGCGGAACAGGUCGAUGUAGAGAUGCAGGACGAAGAAGCAGAAGCAGAACAAGUCGACGAAAGGACACGACGCCUGGUAGAGACUUGGAAUGUCAUUCGCCCGUACUUGGGCUGGAAGCGCAUUGACGCAAAGGAAGCGAGACACAAGGUUCCCUCCUCCCAUGCGGAGGACAGCGACGAUGAGGAUGCGGAAGAAGGCGAUGAGAACGAGGAAGUAAAGCAGCUAGAAAGCGAGAAGAGCACUGCAGCCACCGACGCUGCAGCCGCUGCAUUUGUCAAUAACAACGUUCAGCGUAUCUCGCCCUUCACACGCCGAUUCGCCUCUGAAGCCUUUGCACAUCUCCUUCGCAAGACGCGUGGCCGUCAGCUCCAGAGCAUGACCUCGCUCAUCCUUUCCGAUCUCGAGACAAUGCUGCUCGACGAGGAUCGCCACGUUCGCUACCGUCGUCAGCCUUCCCGUCGACCAUCCGUGCGCUUCUCAAGAGGUAUUGCCGGUAUUUGGGUUGAAGGAUGCAAGUCGCUUGACCGACGUCUCCAUUCCAAGUGCAUUUCUUUGCUCAGCGUUCUACUCAAGCCGACUCGCACAGCGCCCAACUCGUCCGUUGCCAACUAUCGUCAUCUUACGCGUCUUGUUCUCGGUCGUCUCACAAUCACAGCCCUUGUCCACCACUGCAACGCUGUUCACUUUGCCCCCGUUCUCGAAUUCCUGUCCAGUCUCGUCGACGGCAACCAGUCACGCAUGACGACAAAGGCAAGCACCACUCUAGAUGUCGCUCACCUCACGGAGUCCGUCGAGUGGCUGGCUUGCGCUGUCGGUGUUAGGAAGGGUACUCGAGUCCACGACUCCGCCAAGCCAGCUCUUUUCGCUUUGCUCUUUCGCUUGUCACCCCUAUUCCUUCACGAGACCGUCCAAGCGUCCGGAGGUGCUGCGCUGCGCACUUCGCUCGUCUCGCUGCUUGCCCUCUCCAUCCCUAUUGGGAGAUUGCAGGAUCUACUUGGUCCAGGCAUCAAGCUCGUCGACUCAGUUGCACCUGUUCCAUUGGUCUCAAAAGCGAAAGACAGCCUCAAACAGCGUCAGGCUCUUUGGCCCGAGUUCAAUGGUCUUGUCGAAGCUCUUGCACAGCCAACGCUCGAGUGGAGCGGCUUCAAACAGUUUGUCCUUCCAGCGGUUCUCACCUCGACAGCAGAAACUGUCGCAUCAACAUCAACAUCUUCACACUGCAAGGAUCAGGCUUUCACGCUGCUCGAGCGACUCGAGCAGCUUGGUCAGCUCGACGAUCUUCGCAGUUCGCAUCCCAGCCCCUCGCUGAUCCGCUGGUCCAAGCACAUUGCUGCCGAGAUCGAAGGCCGAGUUGGAAAGCUCGUCUCGCUGUUCUGCAGCGCCACUUCAAAGGCAGGCAAAGGCAAAGCCAAGGACGCAAAGCCGAGCGUUCUGGCUGACCAAAAUGGCCUUGAGCCACUGAUCCCGGCCCUUCGCCUCUCGACUGUUCCCAAGACGGUGUCGGCGGCCAGCUUCAGCAGCCAGAUCGCACAGCUCCUCCUCGAAGGUCUUCUUUCGGACGCGCACUUUGCAUCACGAGAACAGAUGCGCGCAAGUUAUGACGAGCACAUUGUCAACCCAGCUCUGCUCGCCGGACUCGCCUUUGAGUCGCUUGCCAUCCUGCAGGAGAGGAGCUCAGAAAAGGAGUUCGAUGCCACCGCUCAGCAGCUUAAGGACAAUCUGUCUGUUGAGCGUGUCAUCCGAUGCGCGUCCUGGCACAGAGGCACACUCCGCGGCCUGAGCAAGUACCUCGCCUCUUGCCCAGCUCGUCAGCGACCUCAGCUUCCAAAGCUGGACGAGGUCUUGGAACCCCUGUCAGACGCAAUCAUGUCUUCUGACCAAGUCAUCCGUCUCGCCGCACUCGAGAUCAUAUCCAUGAUCGAAGCGAAAGAACUUCAAGGUCACGGCUUGUUCAUCGAGAAGCUCGUGGAGGUUGAGCGCACCCCACUUGGCGUGGCCACGAUCCGAGAUCGUAAUGUCCGCAUGCGCAGCGUCGGAAGAGACCUCGGCCGGGCUGCUGCCCUCUACAAGGCAGCUGAUGUACAACGUUUUGCCCCGCGGGACACUCUUGUCCUUCGUUACCUUGUUGCCAAUUUCAAGGUCAACUUGCGUCCAGUCUGGUCUGAGGCCAUCAACACCGUUUCCGACAUUGUUGGCUCUGGUCAGCGUGAGGCUGAGGAUGCUCUUUUCCGCAUCGCCAUUGCCGAGCUCGAGGCUGGUCGCCAGCUCUACGCUUCAGAGCUACGAUCUGUACCGGGCGUCUGGGCUCAGCGGAGUGGGAGCGAUGAGGACAGCGAGAUGGCAGCCGAGGCUGUGAGGUCGGACGAGGUAGAGCCCGAUCGUGUCUUGCGGGAUGAGAGCGACAUCGCAGGCGUCGACGACGACAAGCAGUUCCAGGAUGGCAUUCUCCUCGAGCGCCGCAAGGCUGUCAGAAGCUGUAUUGAGCAUGCUCGUAUCAGCUCGGGUCUCAAAGAGACCACUCACAGCACCGCGCUCACAACGACCCUUCAGGCCUGUAUCGAUGCACAGCAGCCGGACGCACGACUGGACCUCGUCAACUACCGUCACCAGAUCCUCAAACUCCUUGGUGAUGUGGCACCCAUCGUUGAGCGCAACAAUGCCCGCUUCGUCUACAUCUUCUUCCGUGAUGCAGGGCCGCGCAAUCUCGCAGGCGUGCUGCUGUCGCCCCUCGACGAUGAUGGCGAGGAAGACGAUGAAGCGGAGGACGAUGGUGCCGCAAGGCAGAAGAAGGCAGAAGAUCCAUCCGCAAUGAACCUUGGUAAAAAGGACCGUCAGGCACAGCUCAAUGCCUAUCUGGAAGUGCUCGGCAAGCUGAAGAACCCGAAGGCCCUUUCCCGCUCUGGAGAGCUGCACGACUACCUGCUCAGUCUUUGCGCCACGGCUGAGGUCUCUGUGCAAAAGCUUGCGCUCGAUGCGAUCUUGACAUGGAAGGAGGAGGCCGUCCUUCCCUAUGCUGCUAAGCUCAAGGAUCUGCUCGAGGCUGGCAACUUCAGAGACACGCUGACCACCUUCACGCUUUCCUCGGACUCCAACGUCGUUCAGCCGUACCAUCGUCCUGUGCUGAUGCCACUCGUCAUUCGCCUUCUGUUCGGUGCUUUGCUCUCGAGGCGCGGCAAUCGAACUAGCGGUGCAGGUCAACGAGCUCGACGUGGUGCUGUGCUCGUUGCACUGGCCGACGUAGGUUCGGAGGAGCUUGUCACCUUGGUCGACCUCAUGUUGGCUCCCUUUGGCGACCAAGCUCGUACCCCCGCGGAUACCGAUGGCAAGUUCGAAUUCGUCACCAAGGCACCUGUUGCCUCAACUCGCCGCCAGGUUGGUUACCUCACACUGCUUGGUGAAGUCGUCAAGCAGAUCGGUGCCAACCUCUUGCCAUACUGGGACCGCCUGAUCUCUGCUUCUCUCAACCUGACCUAUCACGCUCACCAUGCCGUCGUGCAGGUGCACACCGAGAGCAACGGAGCCGACUCGUCGGAAAGCACCACGAAGCCACUGACUGCCCGCACUUCACGAGCUCGGCUGGUGCGUCAGGCCGGCUACAAGCGUCUCUGCGACUUCUUUGGCAAGCCGCAAGCCGCUUCUGUCUUUCAGUGGACCAAGUAUCUGCCUGCCAUGUUCGCUGAGCUCAUCUCUCCGCGUCUGGACGCGUUGAAGGUUGAGUCGAGCCAGAGUCCGUCAGCGCUGCUCGAGCUCUUCCAUGUCUGGUCUGGCCAGACUGAAACCAUCCCGUUGCUCGGAACUUACGACCUGACAGUGCUACCAAGCAUCUUUGCGAUCCUUGCUGCGCCAUACGUCAAGUCAUCCGUCGUUGGAUCCGUGCUCGACAUUGCCGAGCGCGUCCUCGCUGCUGCACAUGCCGAGACAGAUGCGAUGGACGUCAGCUCCGAUGUCGACUACAGCAACGGCUCGAAGCUGCCCUUGGUAGAUCUGCUUGUGAGGCCACACGCCUCCGUAUUCCUCAACAGCGUCACUCCCUUGAUCGAGCAAGCUUCGUCUGCGGUUGGACCCGCAGCUACCGCCAUGGGACGAGACGAUCUGCUCCGUCGCCAGAUCUCGCUCCUCGCAGCUUUGUCGCCCUUCGUUACUGGUCCCAAGGAUGCAAGCCAUCUCGUCAAGCUGCUCAGCCCGAUGAUGCGCAAAUCCAACUUCCUCGUGCCCGAGCGCACCAAGACCGAGCUCCUGGCCAUCUUCGAGCGUCUCCUGUCGCUCAUCCCUGAGUUCCGGGACAAAAACUCAGAAAUGUUCAAGAGCAUGUUCGCCAUGUUCAGUGGUCUCUUCUCGCUUCUCCGCUCUGCCGAGGCCCGUAAGACGCUCAGUGCCGCUUUCAACCGCUGCGCUGAGGUGGACUCGGAGUUGAGCCGUGUCGCCAAGUGGUGCACGCAGCUCAAUGCGCUCAGCAAGCGAAGAGUCGAAGAGCGUGAUUUCGACCAGCUCUUUGCCGCCUUCGACUUGAUCAACGCCGAAGACGUGGUGGUCAAUGUAAGGGAAUGGCACCCGCUGGUACACAACUUCCUUUUCCUCAUCUUGGACCCGGAGGAGCUAUCGAUUCGCAGCAACGCAAAUGCUUCGCUCGUCAAGUUCAUCAAGCAGACUGCUGCCGAAUGCGACGCUGGCUCCAACACCGAGGCGGAGCUGAUGCAGCUGUUCAUGCAGGCUGUCUGGCCCGGGCUCAAGAAGGCAGUUCGCAACCGAUCUGAGUUGGUUCGAAGGGAUGUGCUUGCUGUCAUGUCUUCGGCUACCGAAAACUUGGCCAAGUGCGAAGUCAUGGCCGAGCUUUCUGGUCUGCUUGGCGCAGGCGAUGCCGAGGUCAACUUUUUCAACAACAUCCACCACAUCCAGCUGCACCGUCGCACUCGUGCCGUCAAGCGUUUGCCUGAACAGGCUGCCAAGGGUUGCAUGAAGAGUCGCACCAUCAGCGAUAUCCUUGCUCCUGUUCUGGGUCACUUCCUGAUGCCUGGCUGCGUUGAGACAAAUGAUCACAAUUUGAUCACUGAGGUCAUCACCAGUCUUGGACUUCUUGCUGGCCAGCUCACCUGGGGUCCAUACAACGCACUGUUGUGGCAGUACCUGAAGCUUGCCAACAAGAAAGGUCCGUCGGAGCGUGUCAUGGUGCGAACUGCUAUGGCCAUCUUGGACAACUUCCACUUUGGCAUGGAGGAAGAGACCAUCAUCGAGGAAUACGAUGACGAUGUCGAUGCGGAUGGUGCCAACGAUGGCGAAUUAGGACAAGAUGAAGAAGAGGCCAAGGCCUCGACUAAAGCACAGAAGGAAGGUAAGGAGGCUGAACGAGUCAAGAUCCUCGAUGCUGUCACUACUCGUUUGCUUCCUCGACUCAUGGCGUAUCUUGAGCAGAAGGAUGAGACCGAAGCUUCUACCAGAUUGCCUAUUGCCGUCGGUGUUGUUCGCGUCGCUCAGUGCCUUCCCGCCAAGCAACGUCAGGCACAGAUCUCUAAGCUUCUCAAGACACUUGCCAACGUCUUCCGUGCCAAAGCCCAGGACACCCGUGACUUGGCCCGCGAAACCGCCUGCAAAGUCAUGUCAACGCUUGGCGCGCGCUACUUGCCCGAAUUUCUGCGUGAGAUGCGCCGAUCUCUCAUGCGUGGCCCACAGAAGGCUGUUCUUGCUUUCACCGUCCACUCGGUCUUGACGCAUCUGAUGACGAGCAAGGACGAGCCAUUGAUGUCACUCGAUCAAGGAGCAAAGGAGAUCAUCGAGAUCGCUGUCGAAGACAUCUUUGGUGCCACUGCUGACGAUCGUGAGUCGAUCGGCAACAAGACCACCUACCGCGAGGUCAAGCACAGCAAGAGCAUGGAUACUUUCGAACAGGUCUCGCGUAUCGUUGUACCCAAUCGCAUGGCCGAAGUACUCCAGCCGUUGCGCGAUAUUCUGCAACAGACCGAGAUUCCGAAGGUCGUUCGCCAAGUGGAAGAGUGUCUGCGUCGCAUCUCUAGUGGUAUUCCCGCCAACCCGCAGUUUGACUCGAAUCGCUUCCUCUCACUCUGCGCCACCCUCAUCAGACGAGAUGCCGUCUUCCUGCAGGCCCGUAAGGCCGAGACCAAAGCGGCGUCCCGACACAAGUCGGCAACGCUGUACAACUAUGCUGUCUUCCUCAAGCGCAAGGAUGUCGAGGAAGGCGCUACUGCCGGCAAGGACCACUACUCGCGCAACGCCCACAAGUUUGUCGCGUUUGGUCUCGAGAUGCUCGUCACCUCGCUGCGCCGAGAGCGCUUUGAUUUCCAGGAUGAGGAGGUGCUAGCCAAGCUCAACGCCAUGGUCAACAUCGUCGGUGAAGCAGCCUACGCAAACGAGUCUUCAGUGCUGGAGUUGUCGCUGCGUGCCAUUGCUCAGAUCGUCAAGGUGCCUGUCUCACGUGUUGACAAGGCACUGCCCGUGUUCAUCAAGCAGAUCUUCGGCAUCAUCCAUCAGUACGGCUCGCCACAGUCGCAGAUCGUGCAGACCGCUUUCCGUACCCUCACUGCCAUUCUGCGCGAGUGCAAGCAAGCUUCUCUGUCCGAGACCCACCUCAGCGGUCUGCUCAAGCUCAUCGCACCCGAUCUCGAGGAGCCUGCGGUGCAAGGCACUUUGUUUGGUCUGCUCCGAGCCAUCGUCAGCCGCCGUCUGGUCGUUUCCGAAGUGUACGAUACCAUGGACAAGGUGGCUGAGAUGAUGGUCACCAACCAGAGCGACUCAGUUCGAGAUCUCUGCCGUUCGACCUACUUGCAAUUCUUGCUCGACUACCCGCAAGGCAAGCAGCGUCUGCGUAACCAGAUCGGGUUCCUUGCCAAGAACAUGGCAUAUGAACACGAAUCAGGGCGUCUGUCGGUCCUCGAAAUCACCGAUGCUAUCCUCAACAAGUUCGGCGACGAGCUCUUGCAGGAGUAUGCAGAAAUGCUCUUCGUCGCGCUCGCCAUGGUACUCGCCAACGACAGCAGCUCAAAGUGUCGCGAAAAGUCGGCUUCGCUAAUCAGAACGCUGUUGAAGGCAAUGACGAACGUCCAGCAGGACAAAACGGCGCUCAUGGUCGAUGCUUGGUCUCGUCAGGAGGCUAAGCCUGAGUUGGCACGCGUCGGAGUGCAGAUUUACGGUUUGCUGCUCGAAGCAUUGCCCAAUCGAGGCGCGGACUGGGCCGAAAAGGCGCUGGACGUCGUUACAAAGGUCCUGAUGGAUUGUGCAGACGAUCUCGAGUCGCUAGAGAACUCUGACGCCGGCGCAUUCGGAUUCGAAGGCAUCGAGCUCGAGUGGCAGUUGCCCUACCACUCGCUGCAGACCCUUGGUCGGAUCACAUCGAUCAUUGGUGCAGGUGAUGCAAAGGCCGCUGAAGCCAACAAUGCCGUACGAAGACUUCUUUUAUUCCCCCACAAAUGGGUCCGCAUCUCUUCGUCGCGCAUGCUCGGGGGGCUUUACGCACUUCGUGAGCCAUCCUCGCCUAACAUGGUUCCGAUCCAACAGGAUCCCGUUGCCAGUCUGCCCGCGCUUGUGGAUGCUGCCAAGAAGUCAUGCUUGCAGCUGCGAUCUGAUAAGCUUGAUGAUACGUUGGCAUUGCAAGUCGUCAAGAACUUAGUAUGGAUGGGUCGCUCGUUUGCGCUCUUCCCUGUGGACCGACCCGUUUUGGAGGAUGUUCCUGCUGAAGCUGAGAACGGAACAAAGAAGCGCUCUCACGAUGGAGAUGAGGAGGCUGAGGAUAAGACAGCGUCUGAUGACCAGGAAGACGACGAUGUUAGCGACGACGAGGAAGGAGAGGAAGAGGAAGAUGACGAAUCAAUGGUCGAAGGUGCCAAAGACCGUGAAGCAGCCAUGGACGCCCCAACCGCAAUUGCUAACGAUCCCUUGCGCUGGCUUGUCUCUCGUCUUUCCUUCCAAGCGCGUCUCUCUCUCGCUCAAUCCAAGCCGGAGAACUGGACCAUUGCACCUUCCUCCAUCCUGCGCUUCUUUGCCGCCCUUUCCGCCUCGCUUCCUUCCGAUCUCCUUCCCCAUCUACUUCCGCUCUUCCUUUCCCCAAUUAUCCGACUCGUCGAGUCUCCCUCCACCGCUCAAACUUCGCUGCAUGGUGGUGACGAGCUCAAGGCACUCGCUAUCGAGGUGCAAACCCACUUGCAGGGUCUGGUCGAUGUGAGCAAGUUCAACAAGGUCUACUCGACGCUGAAGAGGAGGCAGCAGGCGAAGCGGGAACAGAGGAAGACAGAGAGAUUGAUGAGGGGUAUUCAGAACCCAGAGUUGCAGGCGAAGAGGAACGAGAAGAGGAAUCAGAAAAAUCACAUGGCUAGGAAGAGGAGGAAUCAGGUCAACCUGGAGAAGAGAGAGGCUGGUGGAAGUGGAAAGACUAAGCGCGCUAGAAGGACGUAA